AUGUAUGAGUGUAUGUUACAACAUGCGCUGCCUGUGUUGAUGUUUGGUAUUCCACAGGCCAGAACUAUGCAUUUGCAACUUUGCACUUGCCAUCCCUCAAGGCUUUCACGAGUAGACUGCGUACAGAUUUAUAAACGAUCCAGGAAGUUAUGCAUUGCAAAAGCAUACCAGCAAAAGAAAUCCUACAGCUCAGAAGAUAAGAUAACUGUUCACUUCAUAAAUCGUGAUGGUGACAAACUAACAGCCAAAGGAAAAGUUGGAGAUUCAUUGCUGGAUGUCGUUGUUGAUAAUAAUCUAGACAUAGAUGGUUUUGGUGCCUGUGAAGGAACAUUAGCCUGUUCAACUUGUCACUUAAUCUUUGAAGACCACAUAUUUAAGAAACUGGAUGCAAUUACUGAUGAAGAGAUGGAUAUGCUGGACCUAGCGUAUGGCCUCACAGAAACAUCACGUUUGGGCUGCCAGAUCUGCUUGAAGAAAUCUAUGAACGAUAUGACUGUUCGAGUACCUGAAGCUGUUGCUGAUGCUAGACAAUCAAUAGACAUGAGUAAAAACUCCUAGAAGAAAAUCUCUUAGGGGUUUUAAAAAAGCUUAAUUAUUUUUAUAACUUAUUUUUAAAUGUGUAAUUAAAUACAGAAACUUACAUAAUUGUGAGUUGUUUUAUAUGACUAUCAAUAUUAGAUUAAUGCUAUUUUGACUUUAUAGAACCUCCUAUAUUUUUAUGCUUAAAAUGCAAUAAUACUUCUUCUAAGUGAUCAUUGGACUAUAACUGUUAGCAAGAUAAGUGUAUUACAGAUUUCUUACAAUGUUAAUUCUGCCAAAACCUUUAAUGGCAUUUGAAAACUCGAUCACUUCUACGAGACUUCCUAUAAAAAUGGGCAUUUCUAGGUUUCAGAGCUCUAUGUGUUAGAGAGCAAAACUUGGCAGACUAUACGGGGUCUUCAGACUGUUCCGUUAAAGAUAGUAUGCUCAGAGUGCAGAAUACUGGCAGCUUAGUUGCUGCAGUACCUCUCUGUUGCUCACCUCAGCAGUCGACAAACAUCAGUCUAACUGCAUUUAUCUUUGACUACACCACAAACAUGGAUAUCCACAUGGUUCAGAAGAAUAAAGGCUCAGAGCUAUCUAUUGGUAGCCGAUAACCACAGGAGGUAUAUGUAAUUUCUUGCUGUUCUCUAAGCUUGGAUCACUGAGUGGGGAUUGAACAGGGCACUGUGCUGUCAACAUAAGAUUUGUUCUGAAAUCUUCAUCCCUUACUUUUUUAGUUGCAAGCUUGUUCAGGAGACAGUCCUGAGACUAAGCUAAGGUGUUCGGCUUGAAGAGGCUCCUGGAUUCUGGGCCUUUCUCCAAGGACGAUUUCAAUAACUGAUUAUGAAAUGGCCAACUAUAUUUAUUCCAUAAAGAUGGAUUAGGUUUCCCAGCAGGGAUAAGGAGACCCCCAUGGUGGGAUAUCCUUGUAGGCUGACGACUGAGAGCAUUCAGUUGGACCUUGUUUUUGUCCUUCUAAAGUAAGCCAAAAUUAAAUAAUAUCUCCAAGGCUCAGUAUUAGUCUCUCCAGUUUUUGUUGCCUAAAUAAUGAAAUGAAAUGGCUAUCAGUAAUGUAUUACAUAAUGUAAUAUUUUUGAAUAUUGGGAUGAUUUUGAGCUUCGUAAAGAAGAAGAAUAUUUUGGUGUAAAAAUAAAUGUUUUCUAGAACUGUACUGAAAAUAGUAAAUCUAGUUCCGAUUCCUUGAUUUCCUUCUCACAGAAGCCAUUUCUUUGUUUUGUGGUGUUCCCUUCAGACUUUUCCCUUUAAAACAAGAUACAGUUAAUGUGAUCUGGUCAAAGAACUUAAUGAUUAGGGUUCUCCAAAUUCUCUUGAUAACUGGUCUUUGGAGGAAAAAAGAAAAAAAAAGACAUUAGGGUUGAAAUUUCCCUGUUCCUUGAAAGGUAGAGAGCAGGGUCAGGAAGAAGGGUAGAAAUAAAUCAAAUAAAUAUUUCCAAGAUUCUGCUGUCUUCCUUUUUAACUACCAUGACUCUAAGUAUAAUUUAGAGGUUACCUCCCACAAUCACAAACUACAGUAGAUAGGUUCUCACUUUGUAUUGCCUUUGUCCUGAGUUCAUUUAUCUGCAGCAGUUUUCAUUAAAUCUUGAACUUUUAAUUUUUAAAUGAAACAUAGCUUCUUAAAUUCCAAGAGAGAGCUCAGGUAGGUCAUAACCAGGGCUAUAGUGUACUAUGCAUUCCUACAUGGGAAAGAAAAAAAAUCUGAAGAUAGAAAAGAAAUCAAUAUAGCUGUGAGGUUUGGGGGUGUGGGUUUUGUUUUGUUUUUUCAUCUUACAGUACCAAGCACUUCUCCUUGUGGGAAUCUCAAAGCGCUUAACGCUGUAUUUGAAACACUGUGUGCCAAACCUUCUAGAGGUGUAUGCUAUAUUGCAUGUGAAUGGAAGUCUAAGAAGGUGAAGGAACAGAUAUGUACUCCCCAAAACGCACAGCUCAGAGGUAUACUUGUUUCUUUAUUGUCAAAAUGAUUUGCAAAUAAAUCUUAUUUUAUAUCAAUUUGAAA